AUGAUUGCGGCGAUCAUUCAGACGAGGCGAACUGCAAAGACUUUAAACCAAGGUUUGCAGCNAGCAAACUGUGAACACAAUUGUAGAAGAACGCCCGAGGGUGCCCAAUGUUCUUGUAGAUCCGGAUACAAAUUAAACAAUCAAACUUGCAAUGAUGUGAACGAGUGCGAAAUUUAUGGAAUUUGCGAUCAGCAAUGCUUAAAUAGUGCAGGGUCUUAUACUUGUCUGUGUCAGCCUGGUUACACACCGAGCGACGAUAGAAGAACUUGCAAAGCUGAAGGUGGCGAGGCCUGGAUGGUGUUUUCGACUAAAUCAGAAAUUCGUGGCUACUACCUCGACUCCCAGGUGGAUUACUCGCUGAUGCGAAAUUUGCAACACGCCGUGGCUGUUUCACAGGAUGCGAAUUAUGUAUACUGGUCUGACAUAGAAGACGGCGACGAAGCAAUAAUCAGAAGUUUGGACGAUGGCUCGCAACGCGAAGUUAUUGUCACAACCGGUUUAAGCAGCCCGGACGACAUAGCAGUGGACUGGGUAACUGGGAACAUCUACUUCACAGACAGUGGUUACAUGCACAUUGGUGUUUGCAACGGGAACGGUUUUUACUGCACCAUCGUUAUCAAAGAACGAAACGAUAAACCGAGAGCGCUCGCCCUGUUACCGUCUAGCGGCAUAAUGUAUUGGAGCGAAUGGGGCACAAAUUCGUGCAUUUUAAUGGCUAGUAUGGACGGCAAGAACAGCACCGUGCUAAUUGGUCAAGAUUUAGAAUGGGCAAACAGCUUGUCAAUUGAUUAUACGAACAAUAGAUUAUACUGGAUAGACAGUAAACUGAAGGUGAUCGAAUCGAUACGACUGGAUGGCACAGACCGCAGGAUUGUAUUAAAGGAAGUAGCAAAGAAACCAUUUUCGUUGGCGGUGUUCGAAGAUAGACUGUACUGGAGCGAUUGGAUAUCGAAUACCAUACAAUCGUGUGAUAAAUUCACCGGGGAGGAUUGGAAGGUUUUAGUAAACGCGAAUAGCACCAUUUACGGUAUACACAUAUAUCACUCCGUUUUGAAACCCAAGAUACCAAAUCCGUGCAACUCGAGCCCCUGCAAGGAACUCUGUCUCUUAAACUCUGAGAGUAACUACACCUGUGCCUGCACCAUUGAUAAAGAAUUGAAUUCUGAUAAACACAGCUGUCGUGCAAUCAAGAAGAAGGCGCACUUGGUAAUAGUAGCAGGGAACACGUUUAUAGAUUACUAUCACGAAUUGUUGGGAAAACCAAAAAUGGUAGCGAACGUUACGUUGAAAUUGAAGCACGUCACUGCGGUUGCCUAUGACGCUUUCACCGGUGGUUUAUUUGCGAGUGACCAAUUGUCAGACGACGUUUUCUACUUCAACACGUUCACCAACGAAUUGAAAAGCAUCUCAUCCAUCGAGAACGAACUGCUGGGUGGAAUGGAUUUCGAUUACAUUGGGAAUAAUCUAUAUAUGUCAGACGUGAAGCAUAAAACGAUUGAAGUCCACAGUUUGAAUACCAAAGAGAAAACUGUAUUCUAUUUCCAAGAGGAACCUCAUGGCAUAGCGUUGAUACCGGAAGAAGGAGCAAUGGCAGUCGUAUUUCGCAUGGACGAGAAAUAUCGCAUAGACAUAAUGAACAUGAAUGGCCUGGGGCCGAGGGUGACUAUCGAAGGGGAAGGUAAACCAUUGGAGGGACCAAAGGUGUCUUUGUGCUAUGAUAGAGAUUUGAAGCAAUUGUUUUGGAGUGAUCAAGGCACCGGACGUAUUGGUACCACGACAAUACCAGAUUUUAAAACGUAUAUCUUUCGUACCGGAUUAUCAGAGCCUGUGAGUCUUGCAGUCCUCAACGAUCACGUCUUUUGGACCCAAUAUAAAUCGAAUCAAUUGUAUUGGACCAGGAAAAGCAACACCGAACAAAAUCUGAAGCGUAUUACCUUAUCAAUAACUAAGGACGUAGAUAAUAUGCAACUGAUUGGUCUGCAUGGAGCGUAUGUAAAAGAACAUGAUUGUCGGAAGAACAACGGAAACUGUUCCCAUGUAUGCCUACUAUCCGGCACUGGUUCGCACAUUUGUGCGUGUCCGCCUGACAUGAUGCUGGGCGCAGAUAAUCGAACGUGCAGCCCUCAGACCGCGUGCAACCCUGGCGAAGUCAAAUGCGGGGAACACGACUUGUGCAUAAAACUUGGCCAAAGGUGCGAUGGGGUACGAGACUGUCCAAACGGAGAAGACGAGUCAAGCUCUUGUGAUUUCUCUUGGUCCAACAACAAAUGCGAUCAGGAAGAUCAGUUUCGAUGCAAGAACGGCGAAUGCAUAAGCAAGACGAAACGUUGCAAUUCCCAGCGAGACUGCACGGACGGUACAGACGAAGAGGGCUGCGUUAAAAAGGAAUGCGAUUCCAAUGAGUUUCAAUGUCAGGAGGGUGCCUGCAUAUCUGAGUACCUCGUCUGCAACGGGCAUUACGACUGCCCUGAUCUCUCCGACGAAAUCAAUUGCAAUCAACACAGUUGUAAUUCGACCAGUUUUACUUGCGAGUCUGGGACGUGUAUUCCGAUUACUUGGAAGUGUGACGGCGAGUUUCAAUGUCAGGAGGGUGCCUGCAUAUCUGAGUACCUCGUCUGCAACGGGCAUUACGACUGCCCUGAUCUCUCCGACGAAAUCAAUUGCAAUCAACACAGUUGUAAUUCGACCAGUUUUACUUGCGAGUCUGGGACGUGUAUUCCGAUUACUUGGAAGUGUGACGGCGAGGUGGACUGCCCAGACGGUUCUGAUGAAAGCUCUUCAUGUGAAAAUUACAAUUGCCCGACAGAAAUGUUCACAUGCUCUAAUCAUCGAUGCAUUGAUUCAAUAUUGAACUGCAAUGGGGUCGACAACUGUGGUGACAACAGCGACGAACGAUAUUGCGAGGAGAAGAUUGAUAAUAAUUAUGCAAAUUGCACAGAUGGCAAAUAUAGAUGCUUGAAUACCAACACGUGUAUUCCCAAUCAUUAUAGAUGUAACGGUGUUCAGAACUGCCCUAAGAACGACGACGAGAACAAUUGCAGCCACUGCCUGGCGCAGGAAUUUACAUGCGACAAUCAGAAGUGUAUUGAUAAGAGCUGGGUGUGCGAUAUGAAAAACGACUGUAACGAUGGGUCUGAUGAAAGAGAUUGCGAUGGGUCUAGUCCGAGGGCGAGGGUCGUUAACAAGAAUCCUACUUGCAAAAAGUUUAAAUGUUCUAAUGGGGCCUGUCUUCCGUUUGAAAGAGUCUGCGAUGGGAAGAUCGAUUGUCUGGAUCGUAGCGACGAAUCGGGGGAGUGUUCGAUCUCGUGUAUCAAGAACAACCCUUGCGCGAACAUAUGCCACAAAACCCCUAUUGGCCCCGUUUGCGGUUGCAGAAGUGGAUACAAAUUGAGCAGCGAUUUGAUAUCGUGCGAAGACAUCGACGAAUGUGAGAACGACGUCUGUUCACAAAUCUGUGAGAACACUAAUGGAUCUUUCGUUUGUUCGUGCCACAAAGGGUACAUCAUUCGAAACGACAGGAUCUCGUGCAAAGCAGAUGGGCCACAAAUGGAGUUAAUCACAGUGGCUGGUAAUCAUAUCAGAAAAUUAUCAGCGAACUUAAAUUCGAUUGAAGUUAUCUUCGAGGAAGUAAAUGCGGAGAUGAAUGGUAUCGAUGUGAAUGCGAAAGAAGGGACAGUCUAUUGGAGCAAUGACGUGUUGGGUGUGAUAAGUAAAAUAAAUAUAAAGACUAAGGAACGAAAGAGUGUCACCGGCCUUGGGAGACCAGAUGCUCUCGCCCUGGAUUGGACUACCAACAACGUGUACUUCAACGAUAACGACUUAUUCAGUGUCAUUAAGGUGUGCAAUUUAGAAGAACAGACAUGUGCUAAAGUAGUGUCGAUUGAAUCAAAGAGCAGGGCAAUCUCUGUCGCUGUCGAACCCAGAGGAGGGUGGUUGUUUUGGGGUCAAAUCUCUUGGAUAAUGAACGGUGAUCCCACGUCAGAAAUAUAUCGAUCCACUACAACCGGUGCUAAUAUAUCAAGAAUCGUUCAUCAAGACCUUGGCGUCGUCUUCGCGUUGACUAUUGACUACACGAGAUCCAGACUAUACUGGUCAGAUAGCUCUUUAAAGAAGAUAGAAUACUCGAAUUUAGACGGUUCCAAUCGUGGUUUAUUUUUAAACACAGGUACUCGUCAACCUCUGAGUAUUAGCAUAUACGAAGAUUCUAUUUACUGGUUGGCAGGUACAACUGGUACCAUCGAGAAAUGUAAUUUGUAUGGCCAAAGAUCGUGCAAAACGAUUUCCCUUGGUAAUUCGAAUAUUGGCAAAUAUUUUACCAUUCUGCAUACUAUCAGACAGCCUGAAGUAAACAACGUUUGUGAGAAUCACAAGUGCAGUUACAUGUGCGUUACUGGAGUGAAUGGUCCCACUUGUAUUUGUCACGAUGGGUACCCGAAAAGUCCUGAAGAUAUUUGCACGAGGGAGGCAAACGGGAAUAUUAAAUUCGAAUCGCAAAUAGUUGGUUCUAAGGACGCGGGUAUUCGGCGUUCGAGCGGAACGUUGGUGGGUGUAACGAUCACCGUUGUGGCGUUCAUAGUAAUUGUUGUGGCCUAUGUGUAUUAUCAGAAGAUUAAACCAAUUUUCUCGAAGACCAACAAUAUCUGUAUACAGUUCCAAAAUCCUUCGUACGAACGACAGUGCGAGGCCUUCGAUUGCGUUUCCAGUUUACCACCUGGAGAACACGAAUACGUCAACCCGAUAACAGAUAUACAAAAGGAUCAGUACCAGAACGAUAUAAAUCAGAAAACUGGAAAGCAAAUAAUCAAGCUGCUCAAUUUCGAUGACGAACCGGGGAGAAACAAUUUGAAACAUGAUCUGAUAUAGAAAUGAAGGAACAAAUGAGUUCAAAAUGUAUAUAGUAAUUUAUAUAAUUUAUAAGUGUACAGAAACAUUUAUACUCCACCUAAACUGUGAUUUGUCACAGAAAA